GGGAGCUUGCCCAUAAAUGAUGAGUCACCCCUGCAGGUCUAUAAAAGUAAAGGUGCUUGUCUGGGAGAAGGCAGAAGCUCCGGCAUGUCCAUCACGAUGCUCCCAGGCAUCCUGGCUGCCUUCUUCUUCUUGAGCUGGACUCGGUGUUGGUCCCUGCCCCUUCCCAGAGAUGGCGAGGACGAUCUGUCUGAGGAGGACUUCCAGCUUGCCGAGCACUACUUGAAAUCCUACUACUACCCCCUGAAUCCUGCUGGAAUCCUGAAGAAGUCGGGCGCAGGCUCCGUGGUUGACAGGCUCCGAGAAAUGCAGUCCUUCUUCGGCUUAGAGGUCACUGGCAAACUUGAUGAUAACACCCUGGACAUCAUGAAGAAACCAAGAUGUGGGGUCCCCGAUGUGGGCGAGUACAAUGUUUUCCCCCGAACUCUCAAGUGGUCCAAGACGAAUCUGACCUACAGGAUUGUGAAUUAUACCCCUGAUCUGACUCAUUCUGAGGUUGAAAAGGCCUUCAGAAAAGCCUUCAAAGUUUGGUCAGAUGUGACCCCUCUGAAUUUCACCAGACUUCAUGAUGGCACUGCUGAUAUCAUGAUCUCUUUUGGAACUAAAGAACAUGGCGAUUUCUACCCAUUUGAUGGACCUUCUGGUCUGCUGGCUCAUGCUUUUCCUCCUGGGCCAAACUAUGGAGGGGAUGCCCAUUUUGAUGAUGACGAAACUUGGACAAGUAGUUCCAAAGGCUACAACUUGUUCCUUGUUGCUGCCCACGAGUUUGGCCACUCCUUGGGCCUCGACCACUCCAAGGACCCGGGAGCACUCAUGUUUCCCAUCUACACCUACACGGGCAAGAACCACUUUAUGCUUCCUGAUGACGAUGUACAAGGCAUCCAGUCUCUCUACGGCCCAGGAGACGAAGACCCCAACCCGAAACAUCCCAAGACACCAGACAAAUGUGAUCCCGCCUUAUCCCUGGACGCCAUCACCAGCCUCCGAGGAGAAACGAUGAUCUUUAAAGACAGAUUCUUCUGGCGCCUGCACCCUCAGCAGGUGGACGCCGAACUGUUCUUGACGAAAUCCUUCUGGCCGGAACUUCCCAACCGGAUCGACGCUGCCUACGAGCACCCCUCCCGGGACCUCAUCUUCAUCUUCAGAGGCAGAAAAUUUUGGGCUCUUAAUGGUUAUGACAUUCUGGAAGGUUACCCCCAAAAAAUAUCUGAACUGGGAUUUCCAAAAGAGGUUAAGAAGAUAAGCGCAGCCGUCCACUUUGAAGACACAGGGAAGACGCUCUUCUUCUCGGGAAACCAGGUCUGGAGCUACGAUAACACUAACCAGGUCAUGGAUAGAGACUACCCCAGGCUGAUAGAAGACGACUUCCCAGGGAUUGGUGAUAAAGUGGAUGCCGUCUACGAGAAAAACGGUUAUAUCUAUUUCUUCAACGGGCCCAUACAGUUUGAGUAUAGCAUCUGGAGCAAGCGUGUUGUGCGCGUCAUGCCAGCAAAUUCCCUGUUGUGGUGUUAAGUGUCUUCUAAAUAUUGUUAUUUAAAUCCUGGCGAGCAUUGGACAGAGCACUUCCAGCGAUCCGGGUGUGGGGGAGGGGAGGUCGGGAGAGCUUAGUUCUGGGAACAAGCUUCGGAAACUUAUCUCGGAAUAGAGGGCAUCUGUACAGUGAGCCGUGGCUGGAACCACGGUGCAUUUGAAGGAACGGAAUCCAGCGGCCGCGAGGAUCACCUGAUUCUCGCGCGCUGCACGGAGCCAUGGCCCACGCUGUUUCCCACCACAGACAGGGGACGUGCGGUGUGUCAAAGGGAGCACAAUGUUGAAAUGUAUUUAUAAGGACACUUUGCGCAGGCAUACAUGCAAGUCACAGUUAUGUAAUUAAUGAAUCAUCUUUAUUAAAAAGUAUAAUAGUGUGUGAAUGGGGUCUGCGGGGAGCAUAUGAUACCAGGAACAGACAGAAACCAAAGGGAAGUAUCUGUAAUAAAGACAUUGUGGACAGCUUCCCAAAGCAGUGAUUUGGGUUUUGCACUGAGAAUAUUUGAAUGUACGUGUCCCCGUUCCUACAGACACUAGGAUCAGUCACCCCAGAUGAGAGACAGGGCCCGAGGCUGAGGACAGUAGAUGUGGUCUGUGGGCUCGGUUUAAUUCUCGUUGUUGACCGUGAUCCCAGGCCUACCCACAAAGAAGAUAAAGACAGCCCAUCUCUCUUUGUAUUCAAACAUUCCAGGUCUCCCCCCAAAUACCAAAGGAUUAAAAUGGCUAUCACAAUGAUCUAAGGCGUCAUUCUCCCAUAAAUCAACAGAUUCUUUAAGAUGAAAGGUAGCGCCUAGGUAAUUGCUCUAAUUGUCCCCUUCACCGUGGAUGGACAGCCUCUUUUCUGAAAAUAGAAAGUGUAUCUUGUAAAUUGGAAGCAUGCAAAAACAUACUUCCAAAAUAAGGAAACAUCCAAAAUAAAGAGAACCUCCGACUGGACGGCAGUCCUCCUGCGGAUGUGGAAAUGAGCUUC